AUGGGUACUAUCAAGGCGACGAUCAAGCACAUCUACAUUAACGGCCAAUCCGUACACUCCGGUUACUUCUCACCCAAGUCCAAACCCAUAUUUCGCAGCGAAUCGGCACGAUACACGCUGUUUAUUCAGAUGUCUAAGGAAAUGUGGGACUUUGACACUGAAGGUGCUGGCGAGAUCAUGUUCAACAAAGUCGUGAGCGGCUUCCUCCCAGAUCUGUUCAAAAGAUGGCUGAGGAUAAACGCACGGCACUUGGUCACUAUCAUCCUCUUCACACGAAUGCAAUACGACGGAGAACCUUUGGCAGAUCGUCCGGAGGGAACAACAAGCAACAAUCACUCCGAACCGCAGUCGGGUAGUUUCAGGGACUACUAUCGCGUUGUCGUCAGUGACAUGGCCAGUGGUGAUUGGAUCAAUAUCCUCUAUCAGCUAAAGAAGGAGUUUAGGAUGUUCCUAAAGGAAGUCUCUCUCGUCCGCAAGCCGGUGAGGCACGUAAAUAAUAGCGAGGAACUGGGGUCUGAGGGAGGAGCUACGUACACAGUCGUAGCUGGUAGACCAUCCUCGGCAAGUCAGGGAAACAUUCUUGAAGCUAUCAACCUGGCCGCAGUUCAAUUCGCGAAAGAUUACAUCGACCGCGACCUUGUCCGAACAGGAAUCUCUGUCAUCGUUGUCUCACCAGGCACUGGUGUCUUUGAGGUAGACUACAACAUGCUCAAGUUGACUACAGAUACUCUUAUUGGAUCGGGUAUCGGCAUCGAUUUGGUGUGUCUAUCACCAAUGCCACUCCAUUCUGUGCCUUUGUUCAAAUACCGAACACCUAGGUCAGUGUCCGAACUAGAAGCUCAAGAGGAAAAGGAUCAGUACCCUUCUGCCGGACCGUUACGUGCAGAGGAAGACAAAACGCCCCGUCAAAGCCAGCCAAAUUUUGGCUCAUUGUCACGUACUUCAGUCCUACGACAUGUUCCAAAAGAUGACUCCAUAGAUACAUCUGACGGCUGGAGAUUUGCGAUGCCUUAUUGGGUGGACAUCUCCUUUUGGUCGGGCACAUCUGAAGAGAUUCUGGAACUUACAAAACCACGGAAGGCUGAUAAGAUCGUGAGAAAAUCACGCAAGAAAGGCCGCAUCUUUUCCCUGCGAUGUCGCUUAUACGAACUUCAAAUGAUGGGUGUGAUGGAAAAUGAGCUAGGAGACAUUGCUAUCCCCUACUUGGAGGAAGACCCAAUGUAUCCUCACCAUCUACGAGAGCUGUUUGACCCAAACGAGGAGGGUCUACAAAGAGCACCGGUUGUCAAGCCUUCAGCGCCUGGAGCGGGUUCCUACUCGUCAAGAGGCGAUAGAGAGUAUACCGAUGACCAGUUGGAUGAAACCAGGGCUGCUCACAAAGCUUGGAUGGAGGCGUACGAUGGCGCCGUGUUCUCUACGCUCAUGGAAAGGCGCUCUGCGAAUCAGCUUCAGCUCCAUCAGCGGAUGCCAAGCGAUCAGCUUUCGAGGGGAUCUCCUGAGCAAUCCAAGAGCUCACAUCUGUCUACUUCUUUCCGCAGCAUUAUCGAGGGAAGUAGAGAGUCAGUCUCCGCGAGGGAAGAUUCUCCUGCUCCCAGCCGAAGAUCCUCGCCUCCCAAGCGAGCAGGUCUUCCUAUUGUCAGUGGCAAGGCAGCAGCGCCCGUCAAUCCAGAGCUGAAGAGCAGACCUUCCAAUUGGUUCUUGAGGCAGAUCAGCUUUGGUGGGAAGGCAACACCAGCGCAGCCUACUCUAGGGGACGCCACCAUUGACAUCAGUCAAGGCAAGGUGAAACCCGCAAUGUUGACUGUCGAAAAGAACCAAAAGGGCGCUAUUGCUGAGAGCGGAGGUGCGAGAGAAGCUCCACGAACCUUGUCUCCUACAAGCGCAAUCGCGCCCUGGGCCGUCCUGGUCAAUCCUUGCAACCCCAAGAAGAACGCCAUCACGUCCAAAAACCAAUAUCGACGUUGGCACCAUGUGUUCCCUAGGACUUUGAGAACUGGUACGGUAAAGUGGAGAUCGCUGUGUUCGCCGGCCGCCGUACCGCUCACCCAUGAGUGGUUCCCCUCUGUUGACCAGAUCGCGACGGAAUAUAAUGAGAGCCCAUACAAGAUUACGCAGAAUGAUGAUGACGAGAUUUUGGAAGCUCCGAAAAGCAGAGAGUCGCUCAUAAGAGAGCUUAUCGCAUUUCGUCUCUCUCAUGGGUUCCAAGUCAUUGUUGGCUCGUCAGUCGCAGAGUUCUCAGGAAGACAAGAGAAGGCGCUUGCUAGUAUACUUGCACCAGACUACAUGUCUAACGACGGUGAUACCGUUUUCAUGAGUGUUGGGAAUAAUAUUCACCAGUUGACAGCUAUCUUCUCCGAUGCAGAAAAGUACCACAAGUCGAACAUCGACAUCAAGAAGCUCGCGGAGGAUUUACAGGGUGACAAGGGCAUUCAGAUGCUUGAUCGGAGAUGGCAUUUGAAACUUCAUUACAACUGUUUCCUGGGCUUUGACCUGAUCAAUUGGCUGCUCUCAAACUUCAAGGACAUCGAAACCCGAGACGAGGCAGUAGAUUUCGGGAAUGAACUCAUGAGCAAGGGCCUCUUCCAGCACGUCCAGAGACGACAUCAGUUCCGCGACGGCAAUUUCUUCUUCCAGAUUGCAGCGGAGUACAGAGCUCCCCGAAACGAAUCUCGCACGGGAUGGUUCGGCAUGCGCAAGUCGGACAAGAAGCGUUCAUAUCGUCCUGAGAUCAUCUCUCUCCAUUAUGAUCGCCUGCACAACCCCGACAACUGUUAUCAUAUACGCAUCGACUGGAUGAACGUCACUGCGAAGCUAAUCGAAGACGCUAUCGUCACAUGGGCCACAAGCGUAGAGAAGUAUGGCUUGAAGCUAGUCGAGGUACCCAUUGCCGAAGUAUCGGACAUUGUCGACACUCAUCCCUUCCGAUCGCCAUAUGUGAUCAAGCUUGCUUUGCAGCCUCCUCAAGCUCAGCCAGAAACGAUGUGGGAUUCUACGAGCUUCUCCCCGCAAUACAUGAAAACAGAUAAAUUUGCAUACCACAAAGCUCUGUUGCGGAGACUGAACUUUGUGCUGGAUAUGGAAGCAGCGAGUGCUUUUCCACCAGAUAUAGAUGUUACGUACUCUUGGGGCAGUCCAGACUACAAGUAUACGCAGUUCAUCCAUCGGAGUGGAGGAGUCCUGGCACAGAUCACAGACGAGGGCGACUUUCUUCUGCUAGCAAACCGCCUGGCACACAACCGCGGCAAGGACAACAGCAGAAUUCGACACGUAGAUCCUUAUGAGCAUAAGAAAGCGACUACAGAUGGCAGCCAAAGCAGCCGUUUGCCGUCUACACCGGCAGUGGAACGUGGCAACCCACAUCGCAGCCCCUUCGCCAGCCCUCUAGCUCGACCAGUUCAAGACGCUAGUCUCCUACACACAGCACUUUCCUUCCACGACGUAAAGUCUUCAACUGCAACUACGCCGCCCCUUGUGCCAGCGGCUACGGUGACCCCCGAACAAGUCAAAGAGGAAGUUGAAGCGUUCUGCUCGAGUGCCUCUCUCCUUGCUACCUUCUACGCUGAUGCCUUCCGCCACGCUCCAUCGCCUUCACCACGCAUUACACCAGUGUCAGAGGAGAAGAUACCAAGUCUGGGGUUGCCACCGGCGAUUUGGAUUAGGGACGCUAGUCCGGCCACUGGCGGCUGGACGUUGAGUAGUACAUUUGGAGGAACUAGCGGUAUCGCUGGCCGUAGGCAGGGCAGCGAGGGAAGCAUGUCAAACAUGAGUAAGAGAGGCAGCAUUGUAGAGGGCAUGGACUUUGCUCCGAGACGGGAUGGGAGUCUUGGAAGUGCCGGAGGGAGGAACAUGGCACGCGAUAGUGAUGAUAGGGCGUAG